CUUUAGCAGAACAGCAGCUUGUCCCGGGCUUGAAAGCAGGAGAGGGAAGAAGGGGCUGGACGGCAGAAAGGAGCAGAGAAAAGUGACUGGAAUGAUAAGAUGAGAAGCUGGCAUGUGCUGCUGAAGCUCUCCCCUAAUGAGGCCCUUCUGGAACUCCUGCUCGUGUUGUUGCUGGGGUUGCACGUCCUAGCCGUGUGCCCCUCCAUGUGCUCGUGCAGCCGUAGCCACAGAGAGGUCGACUGCUCCUGGAGGGGACUGAGACAGCUGCCCGAUGGUCUGCAGCACAACUUGCGCUCCCUUAACUUGUCCCACAACCGAUUUCACAACCUGGACGGGCGGCUCACCGCGUACACCCAUCUCCGCUUCCUCGAUUUGUCUCACAACCGCCUGAGCCACCUGCCCACCGGCUUGCCUCGUUCCCUCUGGCAGCUUUACGCCGCCUCCAACCGCCUCCAGCUGCUGGACAAGAACGAUACAGUCCACCAGUGGAAUCUGCGACUGCUUGACCUCUCCAACAACAAGCUGGAGCGGGCCAUCUUCAUCAACAAUACGCUGAUCAAUCUGUGCACGCUCAACUUAAGCAACAAUCACUUCUGGACAUUGCCUACUAACAUGCCUGUGCACCUGGAGCAUAUAGACCUGUCCCACAACCUGCUUGUGAAGGUGCUGCCGGGCUCUCUGGACCGGCUUGUCAGACUCACUCACUUCUAUCUGCAUGCUAACCGCUUUCCUAUGCUGCCCUUUGGAGUGUUUGACAAGCUGAUAUCACUUAGAGUUAUCACUCUAGGUGACAACCCAUGGGACUGUCACCUUUACGACGACAUCACCUACUUACUCUCCUGGAGUCAGCGUACCCCUGCCCGUGUCCUGGGCUGCCCUUGCCACACCCAGCCUGUCUGUGGAGGGGUGCGCCCUGGCAGGACUGGAGGGUGGCACUUUGCCUCCUACAACCUGCCCCCCUUAGCAGCGAGUGCCCAGGACCUGAGCUCCAUGCCCCCUGAGGCCAGUGUCACUGGGUGGUGGUACCUGUCUGUUUCUGCUCUGCAAAGCACUGUGCACACCCCCAUAGAGACCUCCAACACACAGCACCACCUCUUCACAGUCACACCCAUUGGCAUCUCCACCCAGCGACCCAGAAGCACAGGCACACACCUAACUAUUAAUCACUUCUCUGGAACUGCUAGCCCAGCUGGCGCAGAGCACAUGCUCCAUACUGAUUCCCAUCUCAUCUCUGGCACAAAGGAAGACUCACCCACUGGCUCACUCCACACCACUGACACAUCCUCUUUUUCUGACGCAAGCUUCAUUACCGAAACACCCAUUGGGGCUGACAUGACCCUGGCCACAGACCGAUUCUUUACAACAGAGAGCCCCUCCAUCCAAACAAAGAAGACAACCACUCUUCGCACCAGGAGUGUGAGGAGGAAGAAUCAGUCCCUUCCUAGUGGCAUCAGCAACAUCAGUCCGACUCUUGCUACCUGCUCCUUUCUGCCUUUCCUACACAACCUGGUGCUACUGUCUCUCAUUCUGCAACAAGUCCUAUGAAAGACAUGUGAAAAACACUGACCCUGUUUUUAGUGUUCAAGGGAUAGCUUUAAUCUUUUGAAGUGGUGUUGUGUGAGGUACUUAUCCAUAGUCAGUGUAUUACAUACAGCAAAGCGAAGCAAUGUACUGCUGUUGAUGGGGCUGCAGCAAAAUCUAUUUAUGCCACCUAAAAAAAAUCAGCAUCAGUGUACACUAUUAUAGAAUAUCUUAAUAGCUUUACCUUGCUGUCAGACAGAGAUUUCCGACAGGGAAAUGAAGUUGUUGUAUCGUUCUCUGGAAAGCCAGAUUCCAUCGAUAAAAACAGUAAUUCAACAUCUCUGAACACUGGAGCUGCUGGUCUACCCUUGCCAAAGUCACACAAUGACACAAACAAACUAAUUGAUCAAGGCAGCGGUAGACCAGCAGCUACCAUGCUCAGCAAGCUACAAAUACUGUUUUUCUCAAUGGACUUAUCAAGAGCGUAGAUAGGGAAGUGAAGUUGUACACGGUAAAGAUAAAGAGGUGAAAAUACUCUCCAUAUAGUAUACACUUAAAAUGAUAUUGGGGGACUUCUUUUAAGUGGCUAUAAUAUGUUUUGUUGCUGACCCUGUCCACAGCAGUACAUUGCUUAGCUUUUGUGGCAGUGCUCCUGCCUGCUUCUCCAAACUGGGUAUAAGUCGACCACCAGCUAAUGUAAUACUCUUACUAUGGAUAAGCACCUCAUACAACCCCACUUCAAAAGAUCUGAACUAUCCCUUUAAAUCUUCAAAUGAAUUUACAGCACAAACAAAUACAGCACACA